AUGAUAUACUGGCCAGCCCUGCUGUACGGUACAUCCUGGCACAAAAGCUUUCAUAUUCUUGCCGGAGUCCAUUUGUACUAUGUGGGAGGAGAGGUGUAUGCCGAAUGUUUGAGCGACAGCAGUAUCUUUGUCCAGAGCCGCAACUGCAAUUACCACCAUGGUUUCCACCCCACCACCGUAUGCAAGAUCCCCAGUCGCUGCAGCCUCAAGAUCUUCAACAACCAGGAGUUUGCAGAGCUCUUGGCACAGUCAGUCAAUCACGGUUUUGAAGCUGUCUAUGAACUCACCAAGAUGUGCACCAUCCGCAUGAGCUUUGUAAAGGGCUGGGGUGCAGAGUACCAUCGGCAGGAUGUGACCAGCACCCCGUGCUGGAUUGAGAUUCAUCUUCAUGGACCCCUGCAGUGGCUGGAUAAAGUCCUCACCCAGAUGGGAUCUCCUCACAACCCCAUUUCUUCUGUGUCCUAGACCGAGCUGACAUAAAGCAACUGCUGAUGUAACCCUGUCAGUCUGGGUUCGCAUGCAGUAGCUGAUUGGUUGAAGGAAGGGGUGGGAGACGACUAGAGGGUGGGCUUUGUGUACUACUUGAAGGCAGUUUGUUUGGGUGGGGGUCAUCAAAUCUGGCCGAAGAGUCCUCAGUUUUCAGCCCGUGAGAAUCUGGAAGAUACUUGAUAACUCCAUGUGACCAA